AUGGCAGAUUUUAAAGUAGUAAGUACAGAACCGAAUGUUAAAAAAUUGCAAUAUGCAGACGACAUUUAUCUGUAUGUAUCUUGUCCAACUAUGGAUAGAUGUAUUUCAUCGAUGAGCAAUGCUAUCGAGGAGAGCAGAAGAUGGUUAUUGGACAAUAACCUGAAUUUAUCACAGGAUAAGUUUUCUGCAGCUAUCUUUACCAGACACAGAAAAGAACAUACUAGGAGACAAAUAAGGAUAGGAUGUCAGGAGAUACAAAUAAAAGAAAAUAUUAAAGUUCUGGGCAUCAAUUUGGAUAAGAAAAUGAAUUUUAAAAAGCAUGUAGAUGAUAUAUUAAGCAAAUGUGAAAAAGGAUUAAAUGUUCUCAGAAAAAUAACAAGCAUGAAAUGGGGGGCUCACCCAGAAACUUGUCUCAAUAUAUAUAGAAGCUUAAUAAGAUCACAAAUAGAUUGUGGUGGUACUUUAUAUAUGGAGCACUCUCAACGAAUAUCCAAAAAAGUUGGACAGGAUUCAAUACUCGGCGAUAAGAACAUGUUUGGGGGCAUUUCGAUCAACUCCAACGAAUGCAUUAAUAGCUGA